CGUCUGCUCCGCCCGCUGUCCAGGUGAGUCCAGGUGCAGCUGGACCAGGAAGCUCCAACACUGAAGGGCCUUCAGCUUGGAUUAGGUGAAGGUGAUCUCAGCGCUCACCAAGGAAUCGCUCCUUUUCCACUGGGACACAUUAGGAAAUUACCCAGGUCACCCACAGACUGCCGGCAUGCAGAGAGAUGACAUAUUUUCCUGCUGCAUCAGGGGGAAAACGGUCUGAGCAUGCGCAGACCGUUCCGGUUAGUUUGGAGGAAAUUUUGGAUCGGCUGCGUCCUGCUUAAGUUUCUCUCCUUGGUUUCGCCUCCGGAUUGAAGUUGGAUUUAAUCUUCUUCGCAGGAAUGACUAACACGUCUGACCUGGAGCAGCUGGCAGAAAUAGAGCUGCAGAAAGAGGAAGAGGAGGAUGAGGAAGAGCAGAGGGCGGUUCCUGACGGUCCCAGCAGAACCGAUCCGUCCCAUCCGUACUACGAUGUGGCUCGACACGGAAUCAUCCAGGUGUCAGGAGACGAUAACUACGGCAGGAAGCUGAUCGUCUUCAGCAGCUGCUGCCUGCCGCCGUCUCACCAGCUCAACCACCGCCGCCUCCUCGAGUAUGAGGAAGAAUUGGAGAUCCAAGAGGUGGACCGGACCAUUCCAAGUGUUGCUGACCACCCACACCGCCAUCAAGGUCGCUGA